AUGCGUUUCCCACCACCCGGGACUGCCCGUCCCCCCAUAAUACGCAUCACCAACGGCACCUUCUACCGUCACCAACCCUCCUCCCACCCCUCCCAUCUUUCUCACAGUCAUCCCAACCCACCACUCUUCAGUAACCUAACCCUCACCCUCCCCUCCCACCCUUCCUCCCCUCAUAACUGGGCCAUCCUCGGCCCCUCCCAAUCCGGCAAAACCACCUUCUUACAACUUCUCCGCGGUUCAUACCUCUGCUUCCCGCCCACCGCGCGCUCCUUUCCCUACCUCUCCACCGACGAAGUAGCCCCCAGGUUGAGAGGAAACCCCUCCAAAGCAAUCCAAUAUGUCGGAUUCGACGCCACUUCCACCUCGGGCGGCCUAGGCGCUGCUGCCUCAAGUUACAUCUCCGCUCGCUACGAAAGUCACAGGGAACAAACGGAUUUUUCGGUCAGGGAUUGGUUACUUGGGAACACGGAGUUGAAUCCUAGUCAUAUGCCUGGGGAGUACCAGGUCGACCCGGAAUUAUUCGAGAGGGUGGUUGUUGAUCUCAGACUGGACACUUUGCUGGGCCUACCCGUGUCGUUCUUGUCGAACGGCCAGGGUCGAAGAGCGAGGAUCGCUAGGGCACUGUUCACCGACCCCGAGGUGUUGUUGCUGGAUGAACCCUUUAUGGGACUGGAUCCUGCUACUGUUGCGGGACUGAGUCCGUUGUUGGAAAGUUUGGCGGAGAAGAAGAGUCCCAGACUUAUACUAGCUGCUAGACCGCAGGAUCCGUUGCCGGAGUGGAUCACGCAUUUGGUUUAUCUGAGGACAGAUAGCCAGGUGGGCGCCAUGGGUGAACGGGGGACGGUGUUAGAUGGACUGAGGGCUUAUGUAAGAGGAGUGUGGAAGGGCGGACUGACUGAAGAUGAGACGAUGCCAGUUCAUGCUCUUAUUGACAUCGGUCGAACUCUUACCAAUGACGGGAUCAAGGGGGAGGGGUUAGCUGAAGAGUUGACGCGUUCGCCGACUAACCAAGCCCCUAUCAUUGAUGCCUCUACCCCAGAGAAAGAAGGAGAACCCCUGGUCGAAAUGUCAGGCGUCACAGUCCGCUACGGCACCAAGGCCGUCCUAGGUAACUGGCCUUCAGGCCUGCACUGGACCGUCCGCCGCGGAUCCCGCUGGGGAGUCUUCGGCCCCAAUGGAUCCGGCAAGACGACCAUCGUGUCCUUACUCUGCUCCGACCACCCGCAGACAUAUUCUCUCCCUAUCAAACUAUUCGGUCGGUCCCGCCUGCCAGAACCAGGGUCAGGUCAACGCCCCCUAACCUUCUGGGACAUCCAAUCCCGCGUCGGCCAUUCCAGCCCAGAGAUCCAUCAGCAUAUGCCCCGCCGCUUGACGGUUAGGGCUGUGUUAGAGUCCGCUUGGGCAGAUACUUUUUCUUCGGUGCCGAAAAUCACGCAUGAGGCGAGAGAAAAGGUGGAAGCGACGUUGAAGUGGUUUGCUCAUGAACUUAAUCCUUCUUUUGCGAAACGCAGCCAACAUACACCUGAUGAGUUGGCAGAGGUUGCCAAAGAGGAAGAGCGAUUGAAGUGGGCAAAAGAUUACCAAUUCGGUGAAUUACCCUUUUCUUCCCAGCGCUUGCUCCUCUUCCUGAGAGCAAUCGUUAAGAACCCUGAUAUCGUUGUCCUGGAUGAAGCCUUUAGCGGUAUGGAUGAUGCGGUUAGGGAUAAGUGCAUGUUAUUCCUUAUUCACGGCGAGAGCAAGACUUUUGCCUCUGCUACUGCCGCUGCUACCGCUACUUGUGCCUCUGGUACCUCACCUGCUCCUUCGGGUAGUGGUAGUAAAGGGAUUUCGGUCGCACCACUGGAGGUGGUAGACAGCGAGCAAGCCAGGACUGGAAAGGUCAAGGUGCAUGGGUUGACGGACCAGCAAGCUCUGAUUUGUAUUUCGCAUAUCAAGGAGGAGGUGCCUGAUUGUGUAAGGGAGUGGGUGUGUUUACCGGAGGCGAGCAGCGGGGAGGAGGCGAGGUUUGGGAGGCUGGAUGGGCCGUUGAGAGUUAGUAAGAAAGGGUGGGAUCGGAUUUGGGGGGUUGAUGGGCGUUAG